AUGGAGCGGAGGGGGGGAGAGCGAGGCGACCCCCUGCCUCCAGGCGGGGGCGGGCCCCGGGGGCCAGUGCUGCACAUCGUGGUGGUCGGCUUCCACCACAAGAAAGGCUGCCAGGUUGAGUUCUCCUAUCCUCCCCUAACCCCAGGAGAAAGUCACGACAGCCACAGUCUGCCAGAGGAAUGGAAAUAUUUACCUUUCCUUGCAUUGCCAGACGGUGCUCACAAUUAUCAAGAAGACACUGUUUUUUUCCAUUUGCCACCGAGAUGCGGGGAUCGAAGCACAGUGUAUGGUGUCUCAUGCUACAGGCAGAUUGAAGCCAAGGCAUUGAAAGUACGGCAGGCAGAUAUUACCCGAGAAACUGUACAGAAAAGUGUCUGUGUUUUAAGUCAGCUGCCUCUGUAUGGACUACUCCAGGCGAAGCUGCAGCUAAUUACGCAUGCCUAUUUUGAAGAAAAAGACUUCUCGCAAAUUUCAAUUCUUAAGGAGCUUUAUGAGCAUAUGAACAGCUCAUUGGGAGGAGGCCCGCUGGAAGGUUCUCAAGUUUACCUUGGUUUAUCUCCCCGAGAUCUUGUUCUUCAGUUUAGACACAAGGUCUUAAUUCUUUUUAAGUUGAUUCUUCUGGAGAAAAAGGUUUUGUUUUAUAUCUCGCCGGUGAAUAGGUUGGUGGGAGCACUACUGACUGUGUUAUCACUUUUUCCUGGGAUGAUAGACCACGGCCUAACUGACUGUUCACAGUACCGGCCCAGAAAGAGCGUUUCUGAUGAUGGUGUCCACCAGGGAAUUGCUCUCCCUUUAGAGGAUGACAUUUCACUCUCUGCUGCGGAGCUCUCCAGUACAAACCUGGGGAGGGCAGAGGAAAGCCAGACUUUGUUGGAAAACCAAGAACCAGCCACUGAGAAGGUGGACGGGCCUGUAUUCGAGACUGAGGAUAACGCCAAUAAAACACAACCUUCCAACGGCACAGGGCAGCAUUUGAAACCUCCUUCCCAUGCUUCUCCAGAGUCCUCUGAGAGCGACUGGGAAACCUUAGAUCCAAACGUCCUGGAGGACCCCAAUUCGAAAGGAGAACACGAACCUUCUGUGACAGCAGGGGAGCCUGAAACCCUUCCCAAGGAGUUGGUGGUCUCUGAAAGCAUUCCGAUUACCAUGCAGCCGCAAGCUAAGACUGGGCACACAGUGUUCGUUCCUGGACUUAUAUCUGGUUUAGAAGAGGACCAGUAUGGCAUGCCUUUAGCUAUCUUCACCAAGGGGUAUCUUUGCUUGCCUUACAUGGCGCUGCAGCAACACCAUCUCCUCUCUGAUGUAACCAUCCGUGGUUUUGUUGCGGGAGCCACCAACAUCCUCUUCCGCCAGCAGAAGCAUCUAAGUGAUGCCCUCGUAGAGAUUGAAGAAGCCCUUGUCCAGAUCCAUGACCCAGAGCUCAGGAAGGUUCUGAACCCCACCACCGCUGACCUGAGGUUUGCAGACUACCUGGUGAAGCACGUCAUGGAGAACAGAGAUGAUGUAUUCCUGGACGGCACUGGCUGGGAAGGAGGAGACGAGUGGAUCCGGGCUCAGUUUGCCUCUUACCUCCACGCGUUGCUGGCCGCUACGCUUCAGCCAGACAAUGAAAAAAUACUGUCAGAUUUUGGAACGACCUUUGUAGCAGCUUGGAGGAAUACACACAACUACAGAGUGUGGAACAGCAAUAAACACCCCGCUCUUGCAGAGGUAAAUCCUAGUCACCCAUUCCAAGGUCAAUAUUCGGUUUCAGAUGUAAAAUUAAGAUUAUCACAUUCUGUUCAGAACAGUGAACGGGGCAAGAAGAUUGGCAAUGCCAUGGUUACUACCAGUCGGAACGUUGUACAGACAGGAAGAGCUGUAGGGCAGUCAGUCGGAGGGGCCUUCACAACUGCAAAGACAGCCAUGUCCUCCUGGCUUUCUGCUCUCGCCCAGUCACCCCAGGGCAUUGGAGAGUAGCCGUCCUGG